UGAUUGGAGAAAAAUCAAUCAUUGCUCCGUGUGUCAUACUGCCGAAUCGUGUAUGCGGUCACUCGCAUUUUUUCGCUUGUCAACACUAUAAAAAAACUAAACUGGUAGCUGAAAAUUACAAUCACAGGACAUAAUUUUAUAAACGCCAAUGGAAUCGGAGACGAAAGCGAGCGCCGAGGAGAAGCAGCAGGAGAACCCCUCGACAGUGCCCAUGGACACGCUGGAUCCGCCGCCACCGAGUGGCAGCUCCAAGACCCUCAAACGCUGCCUCAGUGUGCCAAUAAUCCGGACUCCGCCGGCGGGCAAAUCGGGAAAGACCCCGAUGACCACACGCGCAGCCGCAGCGGCUGCUCUGGCGGCCAAGGAGCACGAGCAGACGCCCAAGAAGAGCCAACAGGUGGUGGAUAUCCAGAUGCCGAAUGCCCCAUCCAUCGAUUGCUUCGGCAAGAACAUACACAUACGAUCGCAGCCCAAUUCCAGGGAGGUUUCGCCGGCUCCCGUCUUCAAUAUAUUCACACCUCGAGCCAGAAGGUAUUCGGCCAGCUACAGUCCACUGACCACGGCAGCCAAUGGAGCCACUCUCUGCCUCACGCCGCGAGUUUCGCAGCUGCGGCAGGAGGAGUGCGCAGACCUGAACAGCCGGGAGGUCAACCAUGAGCGGGAAGUUCAUCGGGAAAUACAAAUCUCGCAGAGCUGGGAGGAUCUCACGCUGGUGGCCGAGAACUGGUCGUGCAAAUCGGACGAGUUCUCCAAUCCCCUGCAGGUCAGCCUGCCACCCACCGGCACCACCAGCUGUUCCAGUCCCAGUCCCACAAACAAUCGCGCGGGCAUGAGAUUACCAUACUCCCCGUCGCCCACGAGACGCACUUUCGCCACCAGGCGGUCGAUGUCUCCCAUUGCCAUGAGGCCAUCCCAGCUGGGACCCGUGAAGAGAAAAUUUGAGCUGGACGAUAAUCCCACUCAGGGAAGCAACUGGAGCGUGUACUCCCCUCCGCCUGUGAAGAAGAUGUUCACGGAAAGUCGCGGCUCCUCACCGGUGUGUCAAUCGCCCUCGUCGGUGUGUCCCAGUCCCGAUUCCGGAACCUUUGAUGGCCGCCUCACGCCCAAGUUGUUCAUCUCGAAGCUGUGCACAAGCAAUUCGGUGAGCGGAAGUGGAAUAAAUAACAAUAGCAGCAGCUCGGGAUGUCCGUCGCCCGUUUCCGCCUCGCCCGGCGGAGUUGGCAGCGGUCCCAAUUUGGAGGCAGCCAUGUGCCUCGUUUCCGGGGGCAGUCAGAGCCAAAGCAUCGACGAGGGCAUCUCGAUACCCGAAUCCGAGACGCACUCCUGCCGCAGUCGCACCUCUUCCAUACUGUCCACUACAUCGUCCAGUACGCAGGUGCUGGUCAACGACCUGGUGGAUGAUGCCACUCUGAUGGACGAUGCCAAAAGUGAGACCUCAUCGAUCGGUGGAUGCUCCACCAUAAGCAUAGAGUCAUCCUCCUGCGACAGUGGUGCCAAGACGGCUGCCACUUUCCUGAAUCGCCUGGUGGUCGAUUCCGAUUGCGGUGGUUCGCCGCUGGCCCAAAAGAGCUUCUACAUCAACAAGCAGGGAUUGUCGGGCGCCAAGAAGUUUGUGGUCAAUCACGAGCGAACGGGAGCCGUCAGCAAAGAUGUGCCGCAAAAGCUUUAAAACCAUACACAGAUUAACUUAGCUUAGGGGUCGAUUUUAGGAAAUGCUAAGAAAUGCUUAUAAUCUCAGGAGCCAAAAGUUAAUCCCUGCUGCACUUUAGCUGAUUUGUUUUGAAUGCUUUAGAAAAUAUUUUCCAAUAAUCUUGCAUAGCUUGAUCAUUUUUAAGUUCUAGAACUCAACCAAAGGUUUUGUUAUAAAAACCAGAAGCAAUAUUUUUUACAAAGAAAUUUGAAUUAAGAAUACCUUUGGUGUAAUAUGUAAAGGUUUAAAAAUGGUUUAAAAUGUAUAUUUCCCACAGUGUUCAAAGCAAAUCUUCCUGGAAGAGACAACAGAUAAAUUAGUGGUACUUUGAUUUUUGUUUAAGAAAAUCGACCCGAAAUAACCAAUUACACACACGCUUAAGUUGGGGGUUUGAAAAGAUCCUCCGACUUGCUUAACUUUAGAUCGUAGCUUUGUUGUACAUAGUUAAGUUGUUUGUCUGAAGUUCUAAACCAUCUUGCAUAUCGAAACAGAAACAAUCGGUUUUAAUAUGUUAGCCUAAGUUUCACUAUACUAUAUAUAGCCAGAGUUUAUUUGCCCGAUCUUUGUGUUAUAGAAUGUUUUCCAUUUCCAAUGUUUCGGUUAAUAAUCGACGUACAUUAGUUUUGUUUUUAGUCGCCACCUCACCCUAGAUUUUAGGAACAAAACCCCAAUUUUGCCAAAUAUGUUUCCUCUAUGCUUAUGUGUAAUAAUAUAUCCAGCAUUAUAUUGCCUAUAAUGUGAUCCAAUUUAGAGCGGAUAUCUGUGCGUAUCCCCCAAAACCCUACUGAUAUAGUAACACAUAUAUUAUAUAGAUUUACGAUCCGAUUCUAAUUAUCUUAAGCGAAUUUACAUAGUUUGAGGAAAAAAGUUAUACUUAAAAAGGAUCCAAAACAAAAGAAUUGCAUAUUACACAUUUUUUCAAUUGAGCAAA